AUGUGCUUUCUGACCAAGCAUCCAACUUUUUGGGUGGUAUAUUCAGUUUUCAUAUUCAGCACAAUUACUGCAGAAGCACAGCCUAGGAAAGAGCAUAAGCAGGAUGGCAGCUCUGUGCUGAUGGAAGUUUUACGCAUUCUUUCAGCUGACAACAGCACUGAGUUCCACAAGAACCAUUCACGGGAACUGAUCAAAAUAUUGCUGGAGAGAAUUGAAUGUCCACAGCGGACUAAUGGGAUACAGGAGGACUGUAAUCUGUGCCUUGAACCAGAUGCUUUGUUAUUAAUAGCUGGAGGAGAUUUAGAGGACCAUCUCAGUGAAGAAGUGUUCCAGAGAAUUUCUCUCAUUCUUCUCUACUAUAUUAUUCAUCAAAGAGAUAUCUGUUCUUCCAAGAUCAGUCUGAGUAACAAAGACUAUAAAUUUUACCUGCAUAGUUUGCUCAGUUUAAGGCAUGAUGAAGACUGCUAUUAUUUUUCACGGAAUGAAACUGAAGAUAUUUUGGCUGCAAUGAGGCAACGUUUUAAAACUUCUGAAAACCAGUGCACUGAUGUAAGUGUUCUGGAGAAAAAAGCUGAUAUAUUGGACAGUGAAGGUGCAGAUGAAAAUACGCUUCCUCGCCUGGCUGCUACAAUCAUUACGUUGGCUCUCCAAGGAGUCUGCAUGGGGAAAUCAAAUUUACCUGCCCCAGAGUUCUUUAUAAAAUAUAUUUUCAGUUCUCUAAACAGCACUAAUGAACUCCAACUAGCAGAAGUAGACGAACUUCUAAGCAAGCUGAGGUCUGGAGGAAUGUGCAACACAAAUAGACAAAUCCAUAGUCACAAAAGAAGGCAACAUAGUAUGACAAUGAGAGAUACUGGGAACAUAAAUAUUCCUUUUACAUCAGAGCAUAAGAAUGGAGAAUAUAUGACUACUUAUUAUGAAGAUAAUGAAAAGAAUGCUGACUGGGAUCAGGCUUGCUUCUCUGCCAAAGAGCUUGUGAAGAUAGUUUUACAAAAUAAUCCUUUAUCCAUUUCUGAAGAGCACUUCAAGCAAAUCAGUCCAGCAAUCAUUCAGCAACUACUAAGUUGCUCUUGUCAGCUUACAGAAUCCAAGCAAACAAAGCCUCCACCAACAAUCCUGGAAAAGUAUGGCUACAGCACUGUUGCAGUUUUGCUUAUUACUAUCGGAUCUAUGUUUGGUACAACCCUUAUUUUGUUCCACUCGUGUCAAGAAAUCUAUACACUCAUUUUGCAGCUGUUUGUAGGUUUAGCUGUUGGGACCCUUUCUGGAGAUGCCCUGCUGCAUCUAAUUCCACAGAUUCUUGGGUUACAUAAACAUGAAACACAAGACUUGGAACACAUCUACAAUGGGAAAGAAUAUGUUUGGAAACUCUUAGGAAUGAUUGGAGGAAUUCAUGGUUUUUUUCUGAUAGAAAAAUGUUUCUUUCUUUUGGUAUCAUCAAGUGACCAGAGAAGUCCGGAAGAUUCUGAGUCUGCUGCAAUUCCUACAGACAAUAAGGCGACCAGCAGAAAAUGCAAAGAAAUUAGUUUGUUAGCAAUAAUGGUUUUGGUGGGUGACAGCCUUCACAAUUUUGCUGAUGGCCUGGUAAUAGGAGCAGCAUUUUCAUCCUCAACAGAAACGGGUGUGACAACUACUAUUGCUAUCUUAUGCCAUGAAAUUCCCCAUGAAAUGGGAGAUUUUGCUGUGCUGUUAAGUACAGGGCUCUCUACAAAAAUUGCAAUUCUGAUGAAUUUUAUAAGUGCACUAACUGCCUUCUUAGGGCUUUACAUUGGCCUUUCUGUAUCUACCGACCCAUGUGUUCAGAACUGGAUUUUUACAGUCACAGCUGGAAUGUUCUUGUAUUUAUCACUAGCAGAAAUGCUUCCUGAAAUGACUCACAUUCAGACACGGCGCCCCUGGUUGAUGUUUCUCCUACAGAACCUUGGAUUACUAUUAGGUUGGCUUUGCCUUUUUCUUUUAGCUAUAUAUGAAAAGAAAAUUAAAAUAUGA